UCUCUUCUGUCGGUAGUUCACCAGAAGUGAACUACACAUCCCGGAGUGCUCCUGAUAACCCCUCCAGGCUGGACCUGUGUGAUUUGGCGCUGAGACCGACAGACCCACCGACCAGGCCCGGACUAAAACAAGCAGGGUGCCUUUGUUAAACCAGAGGAAGAGGGAGCUAGAGAUUAUUAUUCUUAUUAGGAAGAAGAAGACUGCACACCGGAGGGGGGUGGCGAGAAUUGAACAUAUCUAUCUCUCGCAGGGGUUUCACUAAAUGCUCCUACAUUGAGGAAGAGCCAAGCGUUUGGAUUGGGCAGCGAGCAGGGAGCGUAACAACCCCCCUCCUCCUCUGUUGAGAAUUGCGUUAAAACGAAAAAGGAAAGGCCUGCGCUUUAUCUAUAUUACAGGAUAUAUUUUUUUUGAUUUUUUUUUUCUUAUAGAUUAAACGAGGAAACGCUGCUGGCUGGUGUAUGUGUUUAGAAUGGGACACGCUGAAGGUCCAGUCAAAGAAAAAGACAGUUAAGGAUGCAGGAGCCCAACAAUGGAUUUCUCCUUCUCUUUCAUGCAAGGGAUCAUGGGAAAUACAAUUCAGCAACCCCCUCAGCUCAUUGACUCAGCCAACAUCAGACAGGAAGGCACCUGCGACACCGGCAGUGACCCGGGCGAGGAUGGACCCUCCUACGAUGCUGCUGCCCUGGAUGCAGAGUUUUCCUACCCGUCAUCGGCCUCAGAGGACAUGUCACAGGUUCCCAACGGCUACCCGCCGGGUCUGGGCAUGUACGAGCCACAGGCCAAGUUCUCCAUGUACUCACAGUUCCCCAAUGGCUCGGCUAACGGCUAUGGGGCCAUACGGAGCUUCGGAGAGCACGGUCUCAUGCCGGGAGAGGGGACAGUCCUGAGAGGCCCAGGCCUCCAGGAGAGACCUUUGUCUCCCGUGUCUCCACCUCUGCCCACACAUCACCCACACCUCCACCACCAUCACCACCACCACCACCCCCAUCACCACCACCAUGCGCACCACUUCCACUCAAACCCUCCUCAUAUACAAACCCACCCGCACCCACACAGUCCUCCACCGCUGCCCUCCCAGCACCACCUGCCCCAGACGCCUCACAUCAUGACCCACACUCUCCCCCCUCCUCCCCCAUUACACCUGCCUUCCUCCAGUCCUCCCCCCUCCCUUGUGGACAGUACUCCCUCUUCUCAGCCCUCCCACGCCCCGUCCAACACCCCUGGUGGGGUCCUGAAGAAAACCAGCUCUCCAGAGAUCAAGCUGAAGAUCAUAAAGACGUAUCAGAAUGGGAAAGAGCUGUUUGAAUCUGCGCUGUGUGGAGACCUGCUGCAGGAACUGCAGAAGGAGUCUCAGAAGAGCGAGGCCACUCAGGUGCAGCGCAGACAUGAGAGGAAGAAGGAGAAGAGGAAAAAGAGCGCAAGGCUGCAGCUCCAGGUCCAGGAACAGAGCCUGGACCAGAGCCAAGCACAGGUGGCAGGUACCACAGGCCAGACAGAGGACAUCAACAUCCAGCCCCUGCCGACAGAAACACCGCCAGCCCAGACAGAGAAGCCUCAGAAGACCGUUAUCAAAACUGAACCAAAGACGCCGAAGGUUCCGAAGGUCCAUCAUCCAUCAGUGAUCCAGGAGACGGGCUUCUGUAAGGAGUUUGUGAUAGGAGAUCUUGUUUGGUCUAAGGUGGGCACCUACCCCUGGUGGCCCUGCAUGGUCUCCUCUGACCCGCAGAUGAAGGUCCACACUCGCAUCAACACCAGAGGUCACAGGGAGUAUCACGUCCAGUUCUUUGGCAGUGUGGCUGAGCGAGCGUGGAUCCAUGAGAAGAGGAUCGUCAUUUACCAGGGGAAGCAACAGUUUGAUGAGCUUCAGGCUGAGACUCUGCGCAAGACCACAAACCCGGUAGAGAAACACAAACUUCUGAAGCCUAUCCCUCAACGGGAGCGUUCUCAGUGGGAAGUGGGUGUUGGUCACGCCGAGGACGCCUUCCCGAUGACGCGGCAGGAGCGAAUUGACAACUACACCUUCAUCUACGUUGACCCAGAGCCUGCUGAAGCCCCACCCAACAAGAAACCCAACGUCAGAGCUGAGAAACGAAACCGGCGCUCCAGCGGCUCAGUCAGUAAGAAGGAAGAUGGAGGAGUGAAGUCACCAGACAGAGAGCAGCCACCACGAAGGCAGCUGCCGCGCCGACAGUGUAGUAUUUCAAACACCGACGACAACACGAACUCCCAGGCCUCAAAUGAAGAGAAGAACCAGAGGGGGGGCCAGCGUAAGACCAGCCCCCCCAAACUGAGCGCCGGUUGUGAUGCACGAGAACAGCAGGACUCACCACCUCCGGUCAGGGCCUGGAAAACAGCAGCCGCCAGGAAGCUGCUGCCUCUCUCUAUCACUAUGAAGCGGCUGAAUGUGGAGAUCACAAAGUGUGACUGGCCUCUCCUGCAGAAAAAAGCAGCACCGUCUCCAAAAAAAGACAAAGAAGAAGAGAAGGAGGAGAGAGUGGAGAGAGAGGCCAGGCAGCCGGACCUGGGAUACUGCUCACCUGAGCAGGACACUAGAGCUAAACCUGAGCCCAGUCCUGAAGAGGAGGAAGACGGGGACGAAGGGGAGGAAGAGGGGGAGGAGAGGAGGGGCUCCCCUGCCAGUCGGAGGAGUGAGGAGGGAGGAAUGCAGCAGACCUCCUCCCCUGGAUCCCCCCACAGUAGUCCACAAGGCUCUCAGGAGAGGAAGCUGCAGCGCCGAUCAGUCAGAAGCAGGUCUGAGUCAGAGAGAGGCAGCGAUCCCGUCCCUAAGAAGAAAACCAAAAAGGAACAGGCGGAGAUGGCUCCUGAGACCACACUGAGGACAGGUUCACAGAAAGGAGCCAGUGAGAUCUCAGAUGCCUGCAAGCCCCUGAAAAAGCGAAGCCGAGCGUCAACAGAUGUGGAGAUGGCUUCUUCUCAGUACAGAGACACGUCUGAUUCUGACUCUAGAGGCCUCAAUGACCCACAGGGUUUAUUUGGAAAGAGUCUUGAUAGUCCAGCAACAGCAGAUGCAGACGCUUCAGAUACUCAGUCUGUUGACUCUGGCUUGUCCCGUCAGGACGGCAGCACCGGCAAGAGAGACACCGUGUGCCAGAUCUGCGAGGUGUAUGGGGAGGGUUUGGUGGUGUGUGAAGGUGAAUGCAGCAGACAGUUUCACCUGGAGUGUCUUGGUCUGACGUCCCUACCUGAAGGCAGAUUCACUUGCUUAGAGUGUAGAAACGGCAAUCACCCUUGUUUUAGCUGUAAGACAGCGGGCCGUGAGGUGACACGCUGCUCUGUGUCUGGAUGUGGUUGUUAUUACCACGAGGAUUGUGUCCGUAAACUCCCGGGCACCACCAACAGUGCCGACGGAGGCUUCUGCUGCCCUCAGCACAGCUGUUCUACCUGCUGCCUGGAGAGAGACCUGCAACGCGCCAGUAAAGGUCGUCUGAUGCGUUGUAUCCGCUGCCCACUGGCCUAUCACACAGGAGACAGCUGCGUGGCGGCAGGCAGCGUCGCCCUCACUCAUCACAUCAUGAUCUGCAGCAGCCACGGCAGCGCCAAGAGGAACGGCCUCCUCACCUCCCCCAUCAACGUGGGCUGGUGCUUCCUGUGUGCCAGAGGGCUGUUAGUGCAAGACCUUACUGACACCAUAUUAAGUUCAUAUGCCUAUAAGUCCCACUACCUUCUGACUGAGUCAAAUCGUGCUGAGUUGAAAUUACCUAUGAUUCCCUCUCCUUCGUCAGCUACCAAAAAGAAUGUUGGGAAAGGUGGGACCACUUCCAGGUGUCAAAUACAGGACCUGCGUCACGUGACAAAAGGAGGCAAGUUGCUGUGCUGCGACUCAUGCCCAGCUUCCUUCCACCCCGAGUGUCUGGAGAUGGAGAUGCCGGAGGGGGCGUGGUCCUGCAGUGAUUGCAGGGCAGGGAAGAAACCUCACUACAAACAAAUUGUCUGGGUCAAACUGGGCAACUACAGGUGGUGGCCAGCGGAGAUCUGCAACCCUCGCUUGGUGCCAUCAAACAUUCAGAGCCUUCGCCACGAUAUUGGGGACUUCCCUGUCUUCUUCUUUGGCUCCCACGACUACUACUGGAUCAACCAGGGCCGCGUCUUUCCCUACGUGGAGAAUGACAAGAACUUUGUCACGGGUCAGAUCAACAUCAACAAAACCUUCAAGAAAGCUCUGGAAGAAGCAGCCAGGCGGUUUCAGGAGCUUAAGGCACAGAGGGAGAGCAGGGAGGCUCUAGAGCAGGAACGCAACUCUCGCAAACCUCCGCCUUACAAAUUCAUCAAGUCCAACAAACCAGUGGGGAAAGUGCAGGUGCACGUAGCUGACUUGUCCGAAAUCCCACGAUGCAACUGCAGACCAACAGAUGAGCAUCCUUGCAGCCUCCACUCGCAGUGUCUCAACCGCAUGCUGCAGUACGAGUGUCAUCCACAGGUGUGUCCUGCAGGAGAAGGCUGCGAGAACCAGUGUUUCUCCAAGCGGCUGUAUGCGGAGACAGAAGUAAUAAAGACAGACGGUCGUGGCUGGGGCCUCAGGACCAACCAGGCCCUCAGAAAGGGCGACUUUGUGACAGAGUAUGUGGGAGAGGUCAUAGACUCAGAGGAAUGCCAGCAGCGAAUCAAACGCGCCCAUGAAAAUCAUGUGACCAACUUCUACAUGCUCACCCUCACCAAGGAUCGUGUGAUAGACGCCGGCCCAAAAGGAAACUCGUCUCGGUUUAUGAACCACAGCUGCAGCCCAAACUGUGAAACCCAGAAGUGGACGGUAAACGGAGAUGUUCGCAUCGGACUCUUCGCCCUCUGUGAUAUCGAGGCUGACACAGAGCUGACAUUCAACUACAACCUGCACUGUGUGGGCAACAGGAGAACGUCUUGUCACUGUGGAUCGGACAACUGCUCUGGAUUCCUAGGGGUGCAGCCAACGAGUGCUGUGGUGAUGGAGAAAGAGGAGAAGGCCAGGAACGCCAAGCUGAAGCCGAAGAAGCGGAAGCUGCGGCCGGAGGGAAAGCACACACACGAAUACUUCUGUUUUUGCUGCGGAGAGGGAGGGGAGCUGGUGAUGUGUGACAAAAAGGACUGUCCGAAAGCAUACCACCUGCUGUGUCUCAACCUCACCAAGCCGCCAUACGGACGUUGGGAAUGUCCCUGGCACGACUGCAGCGUUUGCGGCGCCCCGGCCUCGUCUCUCUGUGACUUCUGCCCUCGCUCGUUCUGCCGUGAUCACGAGGCGGGGGCGCUCACCUCCUCCUCCCUCGAAGGCCGCCCCUGUUGCUCCAGUCACAACCCCGCCAGUCCCCUGGAUUCCAGCUCGUCCCAGUCGCAACGCUCCACUCUGAGCCCCGUCAGGGUCAAAGAGGAGCCGGAGCCGGUCUCAGAGUGACACCGCAGCUCCCUCAAUACCUCAUUCCCCCGUAAAGUGCGCUCCUGUUGGCCUCCUGGGCUCCGAUCCACCUCUGCUCUGAAGCAGCGCACUACGAAAGGGAAUACAGUGCUUUUUUUUGACGAGUGCAAUGGCCCCUGUUCAGAGACGAGACACACAGACGAACACCUCGAUGCUGUUUGCGGCGAGAGCAGAGCAACUGGAGUGUCGGAGAGGGAAGUGUCCAGGCUUCAUUUUCCCUCCUCUCUUGCCAUAAAACACCACUAACGCUCUCUACAGCUCGCCUGCGCCCACCGGAGGGGCUCAGACCACCACCUCAUUAUGUUUCUUUUGGUCUUUUUACAGCUCUAAAAAUUUUAAGUGUUGUCACGUCGUCAGUUACCGACAUUUUGAAGUACUCGACGAGUGAGGUGGAGGGAGAGGUAGAGAGGAGGAGGAGGAGGAGGAGGAGGAGGAGAUGAAAAGCUGAACCUCUCCAUCACCACCACACUGCUCCUUUCCUUGUUUACCUGCUGUAAGCUGUGGUUGGCAUUUCAACACACACAGGAUGGCUGCACGGAGAUGAGCCAGCCUUUUGUCCUCCUCCGCAGCCGAUCACCACUCCCAGACGUGAUCUGUCAUUGUAUUUAUCUCUUCUUCUUCUUGGAGGAAAGGAAGGAAGGGAGGGGGCGGGGGGUGACCGAUUUUGUGCAAUUUCUUUCAGGACCACACUACAUUCCAACCUUCCUUAGACAUGGUUUUAAUAUACUUAUGGGUAAAGAUGAAUAUAAUUAUAUACAGUAUCUAUGUUUGUUAAUGUUUACAGACAGAUUCUCUCACUUCAUCUUGGCGAGUGGUGUAUUAUGUUUGUUUGUUUAGGUGUUAAGCAUUACGCAGACCUCCUUGUGAAAAUAGUCCUAUUAAGGUGAAAUAUAAUGGUAUAUAGUGUAAUGGUAUGACAUUACAGAAGUACUUGUGAUUUUCAUAUUGCCAGUCUCACUCGCCAUCUUGUACAUAAUUGGCUCAUAAUAUUGUAAUAAGUACUUAAAGAUCAGGAGGGACGUAGCCUUGCCUCUCUGGUUGUUCCUGGAAGAAAGAAAAUGCUUUUUUUUAAAACAAGACAGAUCUUUUUUUUUUUAAUUUUCUUUUUUUUCAAUGAAGUUCUGUUCCCCCAUUUCCUCUGAGCAGUUACUGUUAUUUGUAUUGUUAGAACGGAGGGGCUCAGCUUUUGACCACUGGUGCUGUCUUAAAGUAUUGUUGAUCAGCCUUAAGUUUGAUUCUGGCUGUAGUAAUUACUGCCCAGACGCAGUCCAUUUCAGUAACGUUGUGUACUGUGACCGCUUUGAUGCUUGUUUUUUGUUUUUCUUUCAGUUUUUUUGUUUUGUUUUGCCAGACUUUUCUGAAAAGCACUUUUACACAGCUUGUCACUACACAUUUUAGCUAGGUGAUACAUAUACAGAAAUGUAUAUUAAAAGAACGUAAGACAAGUGUUUCAAAAUGGAUACCUCUUCUUCUUGUAGUAAUGUCGGAAAACUGUGUUGUAACUUCUUUCCCCCCCUUCCCUAUUGGUCAGAAACGUGGCGGGUACAGGGCGUGGUUUGAGUUGCCUAAAUGCUGUUUUUAUUUGUUUGGUUUUUUUUGUUUGUUUUGGCACAAGUAGGAAUGACUGCCAGCCUGGCUUCGUACAAAAAAGUCCUCAGUGUCCUCAAGAGGCACUGCUUCAUUUUCCACCUGGACAUCUUCAAGGCUGGACUUCAAAUAAAGACGUAAUGGUAUAACAACAGUCCAGUCCAGUAUAAUGUACAAAAACAAACUUCUGUACAGUGUUUUUAAUCGCUCAUCUGUCAAAUCCAAAUUCUUUUGUAUUUAUUGCACCACAUUUUAUACAAAUUUCUUUUUCAAAACACCAGUGCAGUAAUUUGUCUCCCACUCCACCACAGUGUAAGUGAAAUAGACUAUUUAAAAAACAUGGGGAGUUUUACAUGAUAUAUCUGUAUCUAGUCAUUGCAUACAUUUGUUUAUUUGUUUUUUAACAUUUGGUGUAAUGAUUCCACAUUUGGUAACAGCCGCUGUUCAUUGACCUGUAUCGUGACUCACUGUAAUUGGUGUAACGCAGUGUGAAGCAGUUCAAUAUAGGAAUGUAAAGUUUCAGUUUCAGAGCA